AAUAAUAUUAAAAAAAAAAAAGAAAUAAAUAAUCUUAAUAAAUUAAAAAUGAAUAAAACUAUUGUUUUUGCUCUGCUCCUUCUUACUUCCUCUUGCGUUUUCUGCUAGUAAGAAAAUGAUGAAUAAAUCAAACUGAUCGAAGAUAUCUCCUAAAUGAAAGAAUAUUUCUAGAAACUUUCUCAAUCUCAAAUUUAAUUCCAACUAUUCUAACUUGCCUAAAAAUAUGAUAUCAAUCUUAAAGCUUUGAUGGAACUUCUAAAUCUUGACUAAGAAAAUCAACGUUUCCUACAACAUAAAGACAAAAAUCAUAAUCAUCAUGCAUAGGGUAAUCACUAAGAUAACAAUAACCAAAAUUAACAUAAAAAUGAUAAAGAUGAUAAUGGAAAGCGCACUCUACAAAUAGUGAGUAGCAAUAACAACAGCAACAAUAAUAACAAUAAUGGCAGCAAUAACAACAAUAAUGGCAACAACAAUAACAAAAAUAACGGCAGCAAAGAUAACCACAACAAUGAUUAAAAUAAAGAUAAUAAAAAUAACAAAUCAAACCAUGAUAACAAUAAUGAUAAAAAUAAAGAUGACAAGAAUAAUGAUAAGGAUAAAGAUAAUAAUCACAAAAAUGAUAACAAAGAUAAUAAAAGCGGAAAUCAUAACAAAGAUGAUGAUAAGAAGAACAACGGAAAGCGCUUCCUUCAAAUAGUGAAUAGUAAUAGCAAUAAUUAAAAUAACAAUGGCAAUAACCAUAGCCAAAAUGAUAACAAAAACAACAAAGAUGAUAAUAAAAACAAAAAAGGAAAUUAAGACUAGAAAAAAGAUAAUAACAAAAGCAACAACCAAAAUAACCAAAAUGAUAAUAACAAUAAUGAUCAUCAUGAUAAUAAAGGUAAAGAUUAAAAUGAUAAAGAUAAACACAACAAUGGAAAAUGA